AUGUCCGCAGCAACGCCCACACCGCGCGACGCAGGUCUUCCAGCGCCUGCCACGAGCAUCGCCUCUUCCUCCCUCUCCACAUCCACAUCAUCCUCCUCCGCCAAACCCACAAUCCUGCAUCUCGGUGAUGAUAUCCGAUGGAAUCACGAGCUGUACAAAGAGCUGGGCGAAAGGUUCCACAUCGAGCGGAGCUACUCCAUAGGCCGAGAACAAUUCAAGACGGCUUUGAGGGAGAAGAAAUGGGGAGACUUUGUGGGCAUGUAUCGCCCGUUUUGGAACACGGGCGGGGAGAUGGGGAACUGGGACGAGGAGUUAAUCUCCCUUCUCCCCACCUCUUGCAAGAUCUACGCCAGUGCCGGCGCGGGCUUCGACUGGGUUGACACAAAAACCCUGGCUGAGCACGGCGUCGUCUACUGCAACUCCGCAUCCGCCUGCACCGAAUCCGUCGCCGACACUGCCAUCUUCCUCCUCCUCUCCACCUACCGCGCCUUUACAUGGUCCUUCCUCGCCGCGCGCUCCUGCGACCCUGCACAGUUCCACGCUGCGAAUCAGAACAUCGCGGCUGUAACGCACAAUCCUAAUGGCACUGUUCUUGGGAUUAUCGGGCUGGGAAAGAUCGGAUUCAGGCUCGCGCAGAAAGCGAAAGCGGCGUUCCAGAUGAAGGUUGCUUAUCAUGAUGUUGUGAGGAUAGAAAGUAGAGAACAAGAAUUGGGAGGUGUGACGUGGUGUGAGAACUUGGAUGAACUUCUCAUAUCAAGUGACUGUGUUGUGCUUGCGACUCCCUUUGAAGGGAGUGUAUUGUUGGGCAGAGAAGAAUUCCGAAGGUUCAAGAAGGGAGCGAGACUGGUAAACAUUGCGAGGGGCAAGCUUAUUGAUGAAGACGCGUUGGUGGAGGCGUUGGAUCAGGGGAUAAUUGGGGCUGCGGGGCUGGAUGUACAUUCUAAUGAGCCGAACGUGCAUCCGAAGUUGGCGGGGAGGGAUAAUGUUAUGGUCUUGAGUCAUACAGCUGGGGCGAGCGUGGAGAGCCAUGUAGGUUUCGAGCGGUUGGGAAUGGAGAAUUUGAUUAGCUAUCUUGGUGGUGGCGAGGCGCUUACGCCUGUGAAUCUGGAAUGGCUGAAGAAAGAAGAGUGA